AUGCAUCUCUUCGUUUAUAUUGUUCUACUUGGACUGAUCUUGGCUUGUAAUGGUAUGUUUUUAUUUUUUUUUUAUUUUAAUACUUUAGUUUAAAUUUUAAAAAAUUUAAAAUUUUUUCAAAAUUUCUGAAAUUUUAAACUUUUAAAAAUCAAAAAAAAAAAUUUUUUUGACAUUUUCAAUUUUAAAAAACUUUGAAAUUCGUAGUUUAUUUUAAAUAUUUUUAAAAUUAGAUUUCUAAAAAAAAUUUUUUUUUUAAAUUUAGAACUUUUAAAUUUAAACAAAAUUUUGUUAAUUUAUCUUAAACUUUGUGUUUUAUCUGUUUUUUUUAAAUUUAAAAAUAUUUUGAAAUUUUUUUUAGUUUUUUGAAAACAAAAAAAAAUUUUUAAAUUUUAAUUGUUUUAAUUUGACUUUUUAAAAUUUAAAAAAAAUUUUUUUUAACUAAGUUUUUUUAAAUUUUUGACACAUAUUUUAAAAUUUUAAGAUAUUAAAUUUUUUUUUUAUUUCCAAAAUUUUUUGAGAUUUUUUGCAAUUUUCAAAAAUCAAAAAAGAUUAAAUUUUAAAAUAAGCCAUAGAUUUGAGUUUAUGAUAAGAAAAUUAAAAAUGACACUAAAAAUGGCAAGAACUUUCUUUACAAAGCAUCAAAUGGCAAGAACUUUCUUUACAAAAUAAAAAAUGGCAAGAACUUUCUUUACAAAAUAAAAAAUGGCAAUAACUUUCUUUACAAAAAAAAAAUGGCAAGAACUUUCUUUACAAAAUAAAAAAUGGCAAGAACUUUCUUUACAAAAUAAAAAAUGGCAAGAACUUUCUUUACAAAAAAAAUGGCAAGAACUUUCUUUACAAAACAGAAAAUAAAAAAAAAAGAAUUUUUUAAAGUUUUCAACCUUUUAAAACCGCCACCUUUUAGCUUCAAACCUAACCCUCUCAAUUGAUGAAGAGCUAGCGGUUCACCGUGAACGCCGUGCCUGCCCUCGAAUUGUGCGUGUCGAGCCUCGACCUUAUGGUGAAUGGUCACGUUGGUCGGCGUGCUCAAAGUCCUGUGGCGGUGGCGGUGUGCAACAUCGUCGGCGGCAAUGUGUUGUGCCGAAUUGUCAAACGGAUGAGUCACGAGCUUGUGGUCACGUCCCGUGCGCAUUGGGAUGGUCGGAGUGGUGCGAAUGGGGCCAUUGCCGUGCGUCCUGCGGUCAGGGAGAACGAAUGAGGGUUCGGUACUGUGAAGCUGGUGGGUUUUUAAGGUUUGUUCUACCCUACCCUACCCUACCCUACCCUACCCUACCUUACCCUCCCCUACCCUACCCUACCCUACCCUACCCUACCCUACCCUACCCUACCCUACCCUACCCUACCCUACCCUACCCUACCCUACCCUACUCUACCCUACUCUACCCUACUCUACCCUACCCUACCCUACCCUACCCUACCCUAUCCUACCCUAUCCUACCCUACCCUACCCUACCCUACCCAACCCUGCCCUACCCUACCCUAGCCUACCCUACCCUACCCUACUCUACCCUACCCUACCUUACCCUACCCUACCCUACCCUACCCUACCCUACCCUACCCUACCCUACCCUACCCUACCCUACCCUACCCUACCCUACCCUACCUUACCCUCCCCCUACCCUACACUACCCCCACCCUACCCUAACCUACACUACAUAUACUAUAACUAUCACCUUAAGGUACCCUCCGCUGUCAUGGUAAAGACCACGAGAUCUCACGUUGCCAAGCUCCAGUCCCGUGCCAAGGCUUUACCGACUGGUCGGAUUGGACACCCUGUUCAGUGUCUUGUGGGCUCGGAAAACAGCGCCGUGAACGCCACUGUACCAACCGUGAAUUGUGCCGUGGCAGUACGAGUGAGGAACGACAAUGUAAUCAGAUUUGUCAUGGUGAUUGGAGCUCAUGGAGCGGUUGGAGCCAAUGUGACCGGCCUUGUGGAGGUGGAGUGGAGCAACGUCACAGGGUUUGUCAGAGUCAUAGAGGUGAGGUUAUGAGAAGAAAAUUAAAAAUGGCAAAAACUUUCUUUACAAAACAAAAAAUGGCAAGAACUUUCUUUACAAAACAUAAAAUGGCAAGAACUUUCUUUACAAAACAAAAAAUGGCAAAAACUUUCUUUACAAAACAAUAAAUGCAGGAACUUUCUCUCCAAUUCCACCUCGUCAAAUCGCUAGCCAAAACACUCUUUACAACCCAAAAACUUUUAGUCCGCUGCCCAGGCCAGGACCAGGAACGUCGUCGCUGCAACGACCACGCCUGUCCAGCGCACAGCCCGUUCCGGCCCCAAACCCGCUGUCAAUGGUCGGGCUGGUCGCGCUGGUCUCAAUGCCAGCCAAUCCCCAACUAUCGCUGCGACCUGCCACAAUAUUUGGGUAUUGGGGUUCGAGAACAGACCCGUCAAUGUGUUGGCUAUGGCAACAGCCAAUGCCAUCCACAACAGUGUGGCGAAGAGGUGAAGCAACGCCAAAGUUGCCGGUUGGACCCGAGACGCGACCCUUGUGUUAGAAUUAAUUGA